UAAACUCUAAACACUCCUCUCUCUCACACUCCCAACAACACUCUCUCUCUCCUUCCAUAACUCAGCCUGAGAUAGUGAGAUGUCUUCGGAAGCUUACGUUCUGUUCUUUAACAACCUGAACCUUCUCACCGUCGAAGCCUUUGCUUUGAUCUCGCUAUUCGUAGCGACCGUUGCUUUCUUCCUCUCACCAGGUGGGCUCGCAUGGGCCUGGACCGGGUCAUCCAAGGACCGGGUCGCGAUUCCUGGACCAUCUGGUUCUCUUUCCGUCUUCUCCGGCGCUAAUCCCCACCGUGUUCUCGCCGCUCUUGCAAAACGCUUCAAGGCCUCUCCGUUGAUGGCGUUUUCUGUUGGGUUUUCGCGUUUCGUCAUCUCUAGUGAACCGGAGACGGCUAAAGAGAUUUUGAACAGCUCUGCUUUUGCGGACCGGCCGGUUAAGGAGUCAGCUUACGAGCUACUGUUCCACCGUGCCAUGGGAUUCGCACCGUAUGGUGAGUACUGGAGGAAUCUUAGGAGAAUCUCUUCCACUCAUCUUUUCAGUCCGAGGAGAAUCGCGAGUUUCGAAGGUGUUAGAGUUGGGAUCGGUAUGAAAAUGGUGAAGAAGAUCAAGAGCCUUGUCACGUCUGAUGCUUGUGGUGAAGUUGAAGUGAAAAAGAUCGUUCACUUUGGUUCUUUGAAUAACGUAAUGACGACUGUUUUCGGUGAAAGUUACGAUUUUGAUGAAGUUAAUGGGGAUGGGUGUUUCCUGGAGAGGCUGGUGAGUGAAGGCUAUGAGUUGCUUGGGAAAUUUAACUGGAGCGAUCACUUUUGGCUUCUUCGUUGGUUUGACUUUCAAGGAGUGAGGAAGAGGUGUAGAGCUUUGGUCUCUGAAGUCAACACUUUUGUCGGCGGAAUAAUUGACAAACACAAGAUGAAGAAGAGCAACAAUCUCAAUGGAGAGGACUUCGUUGAUGUCUUGCUUGGCUUGCAAAAGGAUGAAAAGCUGUCUGAUUCUGACAUGAUUGCUGUCCUUUGGGAAAUGAUUUUUAGAGGGACAGAUACUGUUGCGAUUCUAGUAGAAUGGGUUCUUGCUAGAAUGGUUUUGCAUCAAGACAUCCAGGAUAAGCUCUACAAAGAGAUAGCUUCUGCUACAAGUAACAACACUAGAUCCUUGUCUGACUCCGACAUCCCAAAACUGCCGUACCUCCAAGCUAUUGUCAAAGAAACCUUAAGGCUCCACCCACCUGGUCCACUCCUCUCAUGGGCCCGACUCGCUAUCCACGAUGUUCACGUAGGUCCCAACCUUGUCCCUGCAGGAACCAUAGCUAUGGUCAACAUGUGGUCCAUCACACACGACGCCAAAAUCUGGACCGACCCUGAAGUGUUUAACCCUGAUAGGUUCAUUGGUGGUGAGGAUGUGAGCAUCAUGGGCUCUGAUCUUAGAUUGGCUCCGUUCGGGUCCGGACGUCGCGUUUGCCCUGGUAAAGCAAUGGGUCUAGCUACUGUCCAUCUUUGGAUUGCUCAACUGAUUCAGAAUUUCGAAUGGGUUAAGGGUUCUUGUGAUGUUGAGCUCGCUGAGGUUCUCAAGCUGUCUAUGGAGAUGAAGCAGCCGUUGAAGUGCAAGGCUGUUCCAAGGAAUGUUGGUUUCGCGUGAUGUAUCAUCGGUGUCGGAUACUUGUUUAAUGAACUAUGGGUAGCACUACUAAUUAAUAAUUAAUAAUAAUUAAGGUGGGAAGGAAGUUAGGGUUUUGGCACGUUGGUCGAACUUCUUUAGGGUUUUGGUGUGAGUUUUCUAUUUUGCUUUGUCUUGCUUCAUGUUAUCGUAUCCCCUCGGUUUGCUUUUCAAUGUUUUCAUAUCUAUAAAAUUGAUUAGCUAAGUAUGCAGUGUGCAA